AUGGCCGCGCAACUAAGCGUGGGUCGUCGAGUAUGUUACGAAUUGGUGUUGUACAUGUUGCUGGUAUUGAUCACACGAAGCUUCUGCAAUACAGAGGUGUAUUACGAAAAACAGCGUUACGAUGGUUGGUUCAACAAUAGAGCCUAUCCUGAUUGGGGAUCAGUUGAUAGCCGGCUUACCCGCAAAACGCCAGCAGCCUAUGCAGAUGGAGUAUACAUGAUGGCAGGUUCCGAUAGGCCGGGAGCGAGAACUCUAUCCAAAAUAUUCAUGAGAGGUCAAGACGGCCUGCCGUCACUUGCUAAUAGGACUGCUUUACUUGCAUUUUUUGGUCAAAUCGUCACAAACGAGAUCGUUAUGGCUUCAGAAUCCGGCUGUCCGAUUGAGCACCAUCGAAUUCCAGUCGAAAAAUGUGACCAUAUGUAUGAUCCAGAAUGUAACGGUGCUAAGUACAUGCCGUUUCUUAGAGCUGCUUACGAUCGGAAUACUGGUCAAAGUCCUAAUAGUCCAAGAGAACAGAUAAACCAAAUAACGUCGUGGAUCGAUGGCAGUUUCGUGUACAGCACCAGCGAGGCGUGGGUGAAUGCAAUGAGGUCAUUUCAGAACGGAAGCUUAGCACAGGAAGGCGGUUUGCCGCUGCGUAAUACAAAACGCGUCCCACUCUUCAACAAUCCUGUGCCACAUUACAUGAGGAUGCUCAGUCAAGAGAGAUUAUUCUUACUAGGAGAUCCUCGAACUAAUCAGAAUCCAGCUAUGGUUACCUUUGGGAUUCUACUACUUCGGUGGCAUAACGUUGUGGCAGCUAGAGUGCAUAGGCAGCACCCUGAUUGGAGCGACGAGCAGCUGUUCCAACGUGCUCGGCGAAUCGUCAUUGCUAGUUUGCAGAAUAUAAUACUAUACGAGUACGUGCCGGCAUUCCUGGGCACCCCUCUUCCUUCAUAUAAAGGGUACCAAGCAGAUGUGGCUCCAGGAGUAACUCAUGCAUUUGCUGUGGCCGCGUUCCGCUUCGGCCACACUCUUGUGCCACCGGCUAUAUUGCUGAGGGACAGGAAUUGUAGAUAUGGUAGAGCACCAGGAGGUCAUGACGCGAUUAGGCUAUGUCAGACUUGGUGGGAUGCUAAUGACGUCAUGUCUCAAGUCCCAAUAGAGGAAGUUCUGAUGGGAAUGGCUUCGCAAAUGUCAGAACGCGAAGAUGCUUUACUGUGUUCUGAUGUUCGUGAUAAUUUAUUUGGACCAAUGGAGUUCUCGAGACGAGAUCUGGGCGCCCUUAAUAUAAUGCGUGGAAGAGAUAACGGACUUCCUGAUUAUAAUACUGCAAGGGAAUACUACGGACUACACAAACUGAAAACUUUCAAUGAAAUAAAUCCAGCUCUAUUUGAAAGUGAUCCCGAUUUAUUGCAAAAACUUAUACAAAUUUAUAACGGGAGACUUGAUAACAUCGAUGUUUAUAUUGGUGGUAUGUUAGAAUCAACAGGGCACCCAGGAGAAUUGUUUAGAGCAAUCAUUAUAGACCAAUUUACACGCAUUAGAGACGCAGAUAGAUUUUGGUUCGAAAAUGAGCAGAAUGGUAUCUUCACCAAAGAUGAAAUCGAGGAGCUGCGUCAGGUCACAAUGUGGGACAUAAUUGUAAACAGUACUGCAGUGGGCCCGCAUGACAUACAACGCGAUGUAUUUCAUUGGAAGUCUAGCGAUCCUUGCCCACAACCUUACCAACUGAACGCUACCAAGCUUCCGCCCUGCAAGUACCUCAAGGGUUAUGAUUAUUUUGAAGGUAAUGAGUUUGCGUAUAUUUACACAUGCUUGAUACUGCUAUUCGUUCCGAUUCUAUGCGCUGGCGCUGGAUAUGGAGUAGUAAAGUUGCAAAAUAGCAGACGAAGAAAACUUAAAAUUCAACAAGAACAUUUGAAAACUGCUCAACAUAAAGGUUCAGUCGACAAAAUGGUAUGCCGUGAAUGGGUACAUGCUUCAUAUAAACGUAUAGUGAAGCUUCGGCUAGGGCCAGAACCUGCGCUGCACGUCACAGAUCGUAAAGGGGACAAACUACGUACUGUUCCCUUGGACCAUACUGAUCAAAUCACGGUGAUUGAGAGUCAGGAAAGCAGACAAAACAAACGCCCUCUGGUUCUGAUUCGAGCACCACGUGAACAUGAUCUUGUCUUGGAAAUGGAUUCCAUUAACUCCCGCCGUAAGUUCCUGUUGAAAAUGGAUACGUUUUUAGCACAACAUAAGAAAUCACUGAACCUCAGUCAGGGACAUCGUGAACAAAUUUUAGCAACAGCGGAAACCAGAGAGCGUAGACAACGAAAGUUAGAACAUUUCUUCAGGGAAGCUUAUGCAAUAACAUUUGGUUUAGCUCCGGGUGAAAAACGAAGAAGAAAUGAAGAUGCUGAUCCAGAGUCCAUUGUAAUGAGGACAUCUCUAUCAAAAAGUGAAUUUGCCAGCGCUUUGGGCAUGAAAGCAGAUGCAGUGUUUGUGAAAAAAAUGUUUAACAUCGUAGACAAAGAUGGCGAUGGAAGGAUCUCUUUCCAGGAGUUCUUAGAUACUGUAGUGCUGUUCUCGAGAGGUGCAACUGAGGACAAACUCCGCAUUAUAUUUGAUAUGUGUGACGAUGAUCGCAACGGAGUUAUAGACAAGGGCGAACUUAGUGAAAUGCUGCGAUCACUUGUUGAAAUUGCCAGAACAACCUCACUGAGAGAUGAACACGUUACUGAACUUAUUGAUGGAAUGUUUUCCGAUGCAGGCCUUAAACACAAAGAUCAUCUGACGUAUUCAGACUUCAAGGUAAUGAUGAAAGAAUAUAAAGGAGAAUUCGUUGCCAUUGGCCUGGACUGUAAAGGUGCGAAACAGAAUUUCUUAGACACAUCCACCAACGUUGCCAGAAUGACCAGUUUCCACAUUGAACCCUCUAUGGAUCAAUCCAGAAACUGGUUGCUACUAAAAUGGGAUUACCUAACAACAUUCCUUGAAGAAAACAGACAAAAUAUAUUUUACUUAUUCGUCUUCUACGUUGUGACAAUUGGUCUGUUCGUUGAACGAUUCGCUCACUACUCGUUUAUGUCAGAACAUUUGGACUUGAGACACAUUAUGGGAGUUGGCAUUGCGAUCACAAGAGGUUCUGCAGCCGCUUUGUCGUUUUGCUACAGUUUAUUACUGCUGACUAUGUCGAGAAAUUUGUUGACGAAACUGAAGGAGUUCAGCAUCCAACAAUAUAUUCCCCUCGACUCAAGCAUUCAGUUCCACAAAAUAGUCGCCUGCACAGCGUUAUUCUUCUCCCUACUACAUACUGCGGGUCACAUGGUCAACUUCUAUCACGUCUCGACUCAACCUAUUGAGAAUUUGCGAUGUCUCACCAAAGAAGUUCACUUUACAUCUGACUUUAGACCUGGUAUUACUUAUUGGGUGUUCCAGACUGUCACAGGAGUGUCGGGCGUGCUACUGUUCGUGAUAAUGUGCGUGAUCUUUGUGUUCGCGCACCCGGUGAUCCGCAAGCGCGCCUACCCUUGGUUCUGGCGCGCGCACUCGCUGCACGUGGCGCUGUACGCGCUGUGCCUCGUGCACGGGCUCGCCAGGCUCACCGGCGCGCCGCGCUUCUGGAUAUUCUUCCUUGGACCCGCCAUCAUUUACACAUUGGAUAAGGUUGUAUCUCUUCGAACGAAAUACUUAGCGCUGGACGUACUAGAAACUGAAAUGUUACCUUCGGAUGUGAUCAAAAUCAAAUUUUAUAGACCACCUAACCUGAAGUAUCUUUCAGGUCAAUGGGUUCGCUUGUCAUGUACAGCGUUUAAAAAGGAAGAAUUCCACUCGUUUACUCUAACGUCAGCUCCACACGAAAAUUGCCUGUCUUGUCAUAUUAAAGCACAAGGACCCUGGACCUGGAAACUAAGAAAUUACUUCGACCCGUGCAAUUACAAUCCUGAAGAUCAUCCUAAAAUUAGGAUCCAAGGCCCAUUUGGAGGUGGCAAUCAGGACUGGUACAAGUUUGAGGUGGCUGUAAUGGUGGGCGGAGGUAUUGGUGUCACUCCCUACGCUUCCAUACUCAAUGACCUCGUGUUUGGUACAUCCACCAAUAGGUACUCUGGAGUUGCUUGCAAGAAGGUUUACUUCUUGUGGAUAUGCCCAUCGCACAAACACUUCGAAUGGUUCAUCGAUGUAUUACGCGACGUGGAGCGCAAGGACGUCACUUCUGUUCUCGAAAUACACAUUUUCAUCACACAAUUCUUCCAUAAAUUUGAUCUCAGGACUACCAUGCUGUACAUAUGCGAGAACCACUUCCAGCGACUGUCUCGCACGUCAAUGUUCACGGGACUGAAGGCCAUUAACCACUUCGGGAGGCCUGACAUGUCAUCGUUCCUUAAGUUUGUACAGAAGAAACAUAGUUAUGUGUCCAAAAUCGGGGUGUUCUCGUGCGGGCCGCGGCCGCUCACUAAGUCAGUAAUGUCAGCGUGCGAGCAAGUCAACAGGACGAGACGUCUACCAUACUUCAUACAUCACUUCGAAAAUUUCGGAUAA